CAAGAUGGCGGCCGCUGGGGAAACUCCCACGCAUUUUGGUUGCCAGGGUCAGCCUCAUACUGCCCUCUCACGGAGGCACAGGGCUUACCCCUUCCUCCUUCCCAUCCUUUCUAUUCCCACCAACCGCUGCUCGAUAUUGCUGUUGUUGUUUCGAAGGAGAACCCACCGCCAGCAGAUGGAGAGUAUGAAUCAUUACAAUAACGCAGACAUUGACUUUGUUCUCAGCUGUCAAGAUUUGAACUAUUCAGAUCCUUCUCCACAUUUCAGAUGUGAUCCCUAUAUUGAAAUAAUUGAACAGCCAAAACAGCGAGGUUUCCGCUUUCGUUAUGGAUGUGAAGGACCAUCUCAUGGUGGCUUGCCAGGAGUCGCAAGUGAAAAGAACAAGAAAACAUAUCCAACAGUGAAGAUACACAAUUACACUGGACCUGCCAAAAUUGUUGUACAGUUAGUGACCAUUGAUGAGCCUCCACUUCUGCAUGUACACAGCCUAGUGGGAAGACAAUGUGAAAAUGGAAUCUGUGUAAUUCAAAUGGAUUCUGACGACAUGACUGCUAGCUUUCCCAACCUUGGAAUCCUUCAUGUCCCUAAGAAGGAUGUAGUAGCAAUUAUAGAACAACAGCUGAUUAAGUCUUGGACUUCUGAUGCCCAAAAUGGGAAUGCUUCACUUCCUAAUGGAAAUAGUGAAAAUGAAAUGGAAUUGCAACAGAAACAACUAAAGAAAGCACCUAAUGCAUCAAGUCUGCGAAUAGCGAGAAUGGCCAAAACAGCUGGGAGUGUGAUGGGUGGGGAUGAAGUCUUUCUGCUGUGUGAUAAAGUUCAAAAGGAUGAUAUUCAGGUACGCUUCUAUCAAGAAGAUGAGAGUGGCCAUAUUUGGGAGGCAUUUGGAAAAUUUGGUGCAGCUGAUGUUCACAGACAGUUCGCUAUUGUUUUCAAGACGCCAAAAUAUUUUGACAUUCACAUUACAAACCCUGUCUCAGUGUUUGUCCAGUUACGUAGACGUUCUGAUGGUGAAACCAGUCAACCUAAACCAUUUAUAUAUUACCCACAUAAAAAGAACAAAGAACACAUUCAGAAGAAAUGGCAUAAAGCUUUAUGUAAUUGUACAGAUGACUUUGAGGAUACAACAGAAGGUCAACGGGGAGUAUAUAGCGAUGGUCUGGGAAGGGAAAUGACAGUUUUAAAAAGACCUGGAUUUUUCAUAUCACCUUCAUAUACAGAGAAAGAUGAGAAUACAGAAGGUUUACAGUUUCCUGUGGAUAAUGAUAUAAUGACCUAUUUUCCUGCAUCUGAGCUGCCAGGUUAUGGGGAAAUUAAAAAAACCAUUGGCUGUAUACAAUCACAUGCUAACAACACAGGAUACCCGGAACAAUGUAUAAGUUCUCUGUCAGGUUGAAGAACUUUCAUAGCAAUAAUGUUUAUGCUCAGAGUUAAACAGGAUCAAUGAAAUAUAUAGCAACACUAUAUGUUUCAUAAAUCAUCAAUAACAGACAUUUCAUGGUUGUAUAGCAAAAUAAUAUAUAUCUAUAUCUUUACAUAAAGUUAUGUGUAAUUAAAUGAGCAUGCUAUUUUGAGAGACAUCAUUGUAAAUUGCAAAAAGACUCUUAAAAAUGUAAGUUUGCUAUUAGAAAAAAAAAGCUGGUCAUAUUUUUGGUAAAGCUAUGGAAUGAUACUAUGAAAUUUCCACUACAAGUUUAUGAUGUUGAAUACUUGUGUAUAUUUCGCUUGGAAUGAUCUGAUAAUUUUUCUGAUCAUGCUUUAGUGUCUUUAGCAUUGAAAUCAAAUUUGAUUUCAAACUUCAACAUUGUCUUGCAAAAUAUUUUAAAUAAAUCGGUAAGAAAUAUUAAACUAAUACCUUGCACAUCAAAAUCUGAUGCUAAUCAGAGCUCAACUGUCUUAAUUUAAUCUAUUUCAAAUAAUUUUAAUGAUCAUAUGCUAACUUAGGCACAGUACAUGGUAAUUAAAUCUGUUGCAUGAAUAUCUUUCUGAAAGCCAAUUGUAAAAUGUAUACAGUCCUGUUAUAUUUUAACAGUCAAGAAAUUAAAGUAUUACUUUCGGAAAA